GAAAUACACAUUACCAACUGCCCGUUUCUGGAUAGCGCUAGUUUUAUUUCAUUGAGGCUGUAAGCGUGCUAACUAACUUUUGGGUCCAGCUGGCGAUACGAGAAGACGGAGAUUUGUUGGUUGAUGAGACGGUAACUAACUGAAAUAUUGAAUCCGUGUCAGAAUUGUUACCUCUAGCUUUGGGAAUAGCUUCAAAGUUCAAGACCGGUGUUUCUUUCCUUCGGUUUAACGUCAGCCGAGGGAAGUCUCAACGUGAGGUCUGGUGGCUGCCUGCCUGGAGAUAACAGAGGUGCCGCGUUUGCUUCAAUGAUGGUGUUGGUCAGCAGGCAAUAUCAGGCUCCAGGGCUUCGCUUCAGUGAAUUGCAGGCGCUGAUGAAAAACGGAUGGAAGCCAUGGAUGGGCCCACUUUCAGCCGCCACCCCCAUCCAUCCCAUCAUCUCCAACCGCAACUCAAUCGUCAACUUUAAAACCUUGAUGAGAGCUUGCGUCAACCUCAACGCACAAACGCACAAACGCGAAGCGAACGGGCACCCGACCCGGCGGGGUAUUGAGCAGCAGAGCAUUGCAGGCAAGGCUUCAAGUUUUGAAGGCAGCAGACCAGUAGCUUCGCAGCUCACGUUCGUCCCAUGUAUCAAAAAUACCAAAGAUACACGUACAUUAACGCCGCCUUGCAUCCGUGCUCAAGAUAUCUCCAACAAACAAAAACAGAGAACCUUGAACACACCAACACCAACUACCACACAGGGCACCAAAGGUAACUCGAACCCCCAGUCCCCAUUUCAAUACCGUAGCUCCCUGGCCAAAAAGGUACUUUCAGAGGUACCUCACUCUGAGACAUGCGCCAUUGGCCGGCGUCGUCAUCGACCUGCAGCCGAUCCCCCAACCAGCCGCCAAGUCCCUCGACAGUCGCAAGCUAAAAUCUUUUAUUUCCACUUUCAACACUUGGCUUUCUGGAGACUGGGGACUGGCCCAACUGAGAAGAGCCAACGCAACUAACAAACUGUCCGAAUCUCCGUCUGAACCGAACGAUACAGGUCAGUUGGUUGCUACGACCGGCGGGAGGGAGUGACUCUGCAACCUGGAACCUUCGUUUUCCUGCAACAUUCACUGCCCGGCCUGAACCUGAAAGACGUGAAGUAGCCAACUCUAAAUCCGAGACCAACCAACGGCCAACCGCCGCUUUCGCCUUCAACAAUCUGACAGAGUGAAGGGUCGGUAG